UAUGUGACUCAGUGAAUAAAUGUAGUACAGGGUAGCAACAAACAGGUACAGGAAUGGUUCUAUGCAGUUAUUCCCCUACAUUACCUGUGGUGAUUAUCGUCUGGUACGCUGCAAUCGGGAUUAACAAGUGUACUAAUUUUAGUCCAAGCAAGUGGACUAAACCUGCUUGAUCCACUGGUUAGACGCAUCAAGUGGACUAAUUUUGGUACACUGCAAUCGACCCCCUAUGUCUUACAGAGUAAAACAAAAACCUGGUAGAUAAUGUGUUUUGUUUUUGUGUACAAGAAUGAUAUUUAAUUGAACAGACUUUUGCCGUGUUAACCAUUUUCAAUAUAAGUGACCAAGUAGGAAAAGAAGCCCAAAAUAUAGUAAAAAGUGGCAAGGUAAAAUUGUAAUGUAAAUAGAAGCCCAAUUCCGCGGUUUUAAAGCUGAACUAGCAACCUUGAAAUUGGGUACAUGAUUAUCGUCUCUGUGCUGAUACUAAUAAAUGUUGCCACAAGAGGUCAUCCCUGUAAAUGAGAACCAGUAAUCUGCCAGAUUGAUCAAGGUUGCCAGUGAACUGUAAAAUGUCUGCUCAAAUGUUCCUCUAAGCAGCUGCUUCACAGGCCUGGUGAGGUGUGGGGAUUCACCGUCCUGCAUGAAGAUUGCUGCCUCUAGUACAUGACGUUCCUGGUGGGCUGGUUUGACUGCUCCUGCCAACAGGCAACAAGACCAGUGCAAAAGCAUGUCGAGCCAGGCAAUCUGUUGCAAUCAGUUCCUCCAGGAGGCUUAUCUUGUAUGGAUCCUGUCUGAGUGUUAUUUGAAAGGUCGACCACACUAUGUAUGCUCAUCAAGACACAUGACGGGCACUGCGUGUUCCCUGUUGUUUGAACACUGCCCAUUUUAAUUUCAGUGUCUGUUUCCACUCUUAGACCAGUCAUAAACACUUUCUGUUUCUUCAGAUUACUAGUACAUGGCCAGAUUUCAUACGGUUUGUGCACUGCAUGGACCUGGAGGAAGAUUUUUCUGUUGUAAUUUUGAUGGAAAACCGUCAUAAACAUUGAUUUAUCAUGCAGAGUCAUACUGACAGUUCGUGUAGCCAGCAUCCAAGUAAUGUCAGUCUAUUUCAGCAUUUCCUUUUAUUUGAUUAUUAUGAAUUAUGGCUGCAAGUCCACCCCUUGGUGGCCAAAUGUAUUAAUUUAUUUUUGUCUGCUUAUUUUAUUAUGUAUUUUGUUUGGGGCUACCAUUCUGAGUUUCUCUCUCCAGGAUCCCUGUAUAAUAUCUCAUUCUCUAAUGGAGAUGUCUUCAGAAUUACUGAUAGAAUACUCUCUAAAGUACAAGCUGUUUUGUACCACGCUGAUGAGAUGAGGACCAUCGAUAUUCCACUGGAUUAUAAAGGAUACUUUCAAGUGAUUCCUGAUCAUGAACCGUACACAGAAGCUGUAGAUCUCUAUCAUUGUGUUAAAGUAGACCUGCCAGCAGAAUUACAGCCUCGAUUCAAGAACAACAUCAGCUUUGCUCUUGAAGACGGGACGGUUAUCGCCAAAGGAGAGAGAUUGAUCUUACAUGGCUUUGAAGAAAAACAAAAACAAAUCUUUCUGAGAUGUAAACUCCUGAAAAUGAAGGAUACCCCUGUUGUACUGGUACCACCCCACUGCAAAUGGGAGUUGCAGGAAUGCCACGAUGACCGGUAUUAUUCUAUAGAUAACCUUCUACAGUGGAAAAUGCUGGUGGGCCGCCAGCGCUUUGUUAAGGUUAUCAAUACCAGCUUUCUUUCACAAGAUCUUCCAGAUCUAAAAAACUUCAGUGGUGUUGCUCGGCUAUUACCAACUUAUUCUAUGAAAGCCCUUCUUCUUGAAGGGACUGAAGUCAUUAUACCACCAGACAUAGACAUGGAAGUAAUUGAUAUUUCUGAAUCAGUCAACAAGAGCUUGUUCUUCAGACCACAGACUUUAGACUCAAUCUACAGUAUGGCAGAUAAAGAAUUUCCACUGAUAGUAGAAAUUAAACACAUUGCUCACAACAAGAACCUGUCAAAAACUGGACACAAAUGCCAAUCACAUAACCUCCAAGUCGGAGAGUGUCUAACAAUACUGAGAAGGGAAGAAGUGAAAAAGUGCCUUGUGACAGAUAUAUCAGAUCCAGAAAAGAAGAGGCACUUCCUCGUACCUUCAACUUAUCAAGGCAUGGUCUCUCAAGUUUCCAGAAUCUUCCGUUAUGUUUUUGAUUUGGUGUUUCAAGGCUGUACUGGACAGAACUUGACAGUACUUGCAACGAAAGAUUACACUGCCGAAGCAUCGUCGUUGUCUUCAUUUCAUGUUGGAGACCAAUUUCGCGUCCUGAUGUCUGAUACGGUUGUUGCACAGUUUGAUGAAAAAACAGAAGCAGUAGGCAUAGUUGAAUUUGAAAACAUGGAGACAAAUGUUAUAGUCAAGUUUCCCACCUAUGCUGAAGGAGGAUUUUUAGAAAUACUGCACGACAACAAAAGCUGCACAUUGGCGAUGCUUAUUUCACAAGCACCUUGCCACUUUAAGGUGGAUAUUCAAGACCCUUCAGUUGAAGACGAUCCACUCCAUACUGCAAAAGAACUGAGGCUCCAUAAGGAGAUUUAUGACCAGUGCCUUGUGGUCACAAAGGAAGACUCUUCACUGAAGCUUUUUGAACUCCCAAUUAAUCGUAUACACAUGACUGUGGAAUUAUUGAGCAAACAACCAUCUAUGCACAACCAGCACACAUCACUUAUGUCUUAUGCAAGCAACGUAGAACUAAUCCCAGAAGAUUGCUAUUCAGGGGAAUUCAGAUAUGAAUAUGUAAUGAGUCCCCCCCCAUUACCUCCAAGGACCAGUAGAAGCCAAUCUUCCAGUGAGGUUCAACUCCCACCUGCUUUACCAAGGCGGAAUAUGUUAGAGACUGAGGUCCCUGCAGGUAUCCCACAUGCACCCCUGCAAAGACUCUACACACCCCCAACAGGACACAUCACAGCACAGCAGAUGGACCAUCCUCUUCAACUACAGAUCCUUGCUGAUAACUCACCAAGCAAUCCCAAAAAAACAAAUGCAAAAAGUCCAGUCUCCCUGAAACACAAGUAAAUAUUCAAUUCCACAGAUUUUCUUCAAUGGGCCUUGCUGAUACCAUGGUAGAUUUGGAUGUGUAGAUCAAGUCCUUCACUCUCCCAUCUCCUGCAGAUUCUAGAUUCUUUACUCCUAUAGUAUAGAUCACUGUCCACAUAUGCUAAGGGCUUAAUUACAGUUAAACACUUUUUUUUUCUUCUAUUAUUUCAAGCAGCAUAUUUUAUGUACAAGACUAGACACCUUUUAACUGAUCCCUUGCAUGGGUGAAUAUCUAAGUGACUCCAGACAGCUGUGAGCAGAUUAUAUUUCUAUUUAAUUGUAAGCUGUUAGUCCCGUUUGCUCAUUUACAUAAGUUUAAAGACUUUGCACUACUUUGUACUUUGGAAUAUUUGUACUAACCACUUUGUCAGCACCUUACAGGGAAGUUCACAAAAUAUGUACUGUAACUAUAUCUGCCAAAGUCAAUAUAUGUAAAGGUAAGAAGGAAAAUAUAGACCCAAGUCCACCUUCACUUAUUGAAAAUUGAUCAUAAAAUCAACUGAAGAAGAAAUUCAACACAUUUACAAAAAUUCAGUAUUUUACUACUUCUCCACUUUUGUUUUUCUCCAAAUAAGAAUUGGUGUAAGGGUACACUUGCUUUAUCAUGCUAACUUUAAAUACUCAGUCGUAACAGUCGGAUUAAAAGACACGUGGUAAUAUAUAAACAUUUCAACCAUGCCAAGUCUUUAACAAAGUAUUCUCAGUGUAUAUAAAAGGUGUGCUUUAUAUGAUUAAACCAUAUUGCAAAAAGCAUUCAACGCAAUUAAAAAUGAUUAACCUUAAUCAUAACGCAACUCUGCAAAUCUUACUGAUGUCAUGCUGAUUUUAUGCAUUGUUUAUGGAAAAUAAAGUAUUCAUACC